UUUCUUUAAAGGUUCCCUCAACGGUGGAUUUGCUAUGAGAGCUGAGUGCAAAAACGUUCAUCAAGCAAGCACUCUGCCCUCUAUUUCGGAUGAAUACUUAUUACCUGUUGCUGUCAGAAAGGCAGGGGUUGAUGUCAAAGCGGAGCCCUGGAGGAGGAAGGCAAUGGGUGACAGCGUUCCAGACCCGGACCAAGAGGCCAAGGCCUGGCGUCAGGCUCAGCUCGAGCAGCGCCAUCUAGAGGCCUACAGGAACCUGCACCGUCUCCGAGAUGCUCUCGGUCUCCGCUAUGCUGCCCUGCUCAAGGACAAGGUCCACUCACAAAGAUUACUGCUGCAGCAGAGAGAUGAGACAGCCCGAGCAAAGUCAGAGAAUGAAACUAAGCGGAAACAAAAGAAGUUGGCCUUCUCCAAGCUGCAGCACAAUGACUCAUACCUGAAGUCCCUCCCUAAAACCAGCUAUUACAUGAUUUUUGACCUCCAGAAGCAGUUAGCUGAGCGUGGACAUCUAAAAACCCAUCAUGACUUGGAGAACUUUUAUAGGUGCAUCACAUAUAACCGUCACCCAUCACAGCUCCAUAAAAGUGUGGAGGAUGUCAGGAAAAAGAUGCUGGAGAGCAGACCUGCAGCAGAUUUGAUGACUCAAAUCUCAGAAAAACAUCCCUGCACCGCUAAAGAGAGAGAACAUGAGGAACACUCCAGGUGGAGACUGCCUACACUGUUAUUAGAGCAAGGCUCUGGUUCGGCAGAGCUGAUCUUCGGUGGCAGCCAGGAGAAGGAUGAAAUUGAGCAAAUGUUUCCCAAGAUGAAAGCCCCCACAUUUGCAACCCUACAGCCUAACUUCAUGAAGAACUUCCAGAGCAAGAUGCCUGAUUUGAUUAGCCCUGAGAUUCCAGAGAAGAGCAGGAAAGCAGAGAUUUACUUGAGACGGCUGAGACAAAUGCAUGAUCUUUGUUUAACCAACAUGGCUUCGUCCCAAAGACUGUUGGACAGGGAGACAGACUCACUGUGCUGGCAGGAGGAGCGAGGCAACCAAGAUUUGAUGCUUCCGGGCAUUGACUCCAAACAAGGGAAGACAAGCCAAACCAACCAGCCGCCUCUCUGCUCUCCGAAACAGCCAAGAAGUGUCCGGAAUGACCAACCUUCACGUCCCCAGCAGUCGGGCAGAAUGACUUCAGCCAGCCACCGAGAUCUUGAGACUCUGGUUUGGGACGCAGCAAUGUGCCGCCGUAAGACACCUGAUCCCUUAUCCAUUGAAGAUGUGUGUCAACAAAAGCAUGUAGAGAUAAUAGACCGUGGCUUCAAGCUAUGGAGAAACUAUACAGAGAACACAGAUCACUGAAGUUAUCACCAUCUGUUUACAGGGAAUAUGUGCAGUUAUUAUUGUAUCAGUUAUCUGUAAAGUGCAGGUUUAUGGAUGCAUUAAUGUCUUAUGUAUAUGAAAGAUACUUUUUUUUAUAGUGUUUAUUUCAUGUUGUACUGGUUAACUACUAGUAUAUACUUUUAUACUGACAAUAAUAAUACUAUAUUAUGUGUAAGUAAUGGUUUUAAUAUGUCAAUUGUUGAUUUUAGUUAUACAUACAGUAAAGUCCUUACAUUCAUGUUUGGAUAUUCUGAAAUAAAAGUUAUACUAUAAUAACAUUAAA